AUGACUGCAUUCAUUGCCAUUCGCAGCGCACCUUCCGAACUGGCACUGCGGAAGCAGGCUGUCACUCUUUUGACCGUCUCUCUACCAAUCUCGCUCGACUUGCGACAUUACGACGCUCGGUGCAAGUCGGAGAAUCACCUCUCGACAUCGGGACAGCAGCCGAGCAACGUUCCCUACCCAGACCUGUCCAUGUCGUUACUCCGUAGUCCACUGCUGUAG